CCUCCUUCAGCCACAAACAGCGAACUGAGCCGGACUAACAUGCCGUGUUGAAGGGGAAAAGUCUGGAUACUAUGCAGAGCUGCGUCUCCAUCACGGUUUUCUGCCAACAUUUCGGAUUUUUCGUGGAUUUUCUGUCGCCUAUCGGAUAGUAGAGAGCGACGCUUCCGCUGGAGGAUAAAGAGCAACGAGAUGGGGAACAUGAUACUGAUGGCGCUCCUGUUGCUUCACCUGCCCACAGAGCUGCUGUCCAUUCAGGUGAUUGUUCCGGAGACGGAGAGGAGGACGAUGCUGUUCGCCAGUGUGAUUCUGCGCUGCGAUUACUCGACUUCAGCAAACCCUCAGGAUGUCCUGGUCACCUGGAGGUACAAGUCCUUCUGUAAAGACCCGGUACUGGAGUUCUACUCCACAGCCUAUCAGGCGGCUCUGCAGCUGGGUCAGGACCCGUCCAACGACUGUCCGGACCGCCAGCGCACAGUUCGCACAGUGAUCCAGAAGAGGGGCCUCAAUGAGCCCAUUCUGGGCGCAGACUACAGAGAACGCAAAAUUACUAUUCAAAACAAGGCUGACCUGGUCAUCACAGAGGUGAUGUGGUGGGAUAACGGUGUGUAUUUCUGCAGCAUUGAUGCUGCUGGAGACACCACAGGAGACUCAGAUCGAGAAGUCAAACUCAUCGUGUUCCACUGGCUGACAGUCCUGUUGAUCAUCCUCGGUGCUCUCCUGCUCAUCAUGCUCCUCUGUAUAUGCUGCUGUCAGUGCUGUCCACAGAGGUGCUGCUGCUACGUCCGCUGUCCAUGUUGUCCUCAGACAUGCUGCUGCCCGGAAAAAGCUGUGAUGCAGCACCGGAUGCUGAAAGAGGCUCAGAAGGCCAUGGCACCCUGGAUGAAUGGUCAACCCAUUUACGCUCCUAUUAGCUCUAAUGCGUCCUCACAGGGCGUCCCCGUGCUGUAUUCAGGCUCAUAUGCAGACUAUCCAACCAAGCAAAACUUUGCCAUGGCUCCCAUGCAGAUGUCUCCCAUGGCACUGCAGCAGCAGCCCCCUCCUCCUCCUCCACAUCACUACAACAGCAGCAUGCGUAGCAGCGGUCAAGGUGCCACCCAGGUGUUGGACUACCUGGAGAACCAGGUGCGAGGGCUGGAUGUCGUGCCGCCUCUAAUGGUUCCGCAUACAGUCCAAAAUAUGCACCCAUUACAGUCUCACCCACAGCCCCAGGUUGCCCCUCCACCUGUCCCCUACUCCCCCGGGCCCCCAAGUAUGCUGUCAGCGCUGGAUGAGAUGGGGGUGAGAGGGAUGGAGAGAAGAGUGAUCACUUUGCCUCCUAUUAUCCAGCGUGUGCCUGGUAGUGGUGAUGUAGCCAGAGGAGGUCAGAGGAUGUCCAGCCAGUCCAGCGGCAGCACCAACCGCUCUGGUUUCCCCCGCGGCAGCCGUGGAUACAGAGACAGAGACGUCUCUCCUCCCAGGCGGGGGAUCCUGCGUGAUUACAGCGACGAUUCGGAUCGGGACCACAGGCGAGGACGAGAAUCACACAGGGGAUCAAGGCACGACAGAGGAAGCUCGGCAGGGAGGAGAGGAGGUGGGUCCAGACCUCGUACCCGAAGCCGAGACGACCUGAUGGAGGAGCUGCACGGCAGAGCAUCUCGGAGGGAGCGGAGCUAUUCUCCUCCACAGCACCGCAGAGGGUCCUGGAGCUCAGAGGAGGAGGACAGCAGGAGGAGAAAAGGAGGCAAAGGCAACAAUUGGCCAGAGAAGCCUCCCAGCUACUCCUCCAUCGAGAUGCAGACCGGACGCAGUAACGGCAGGAGGAACUACAACCAUCUGUCUGAUAGAAGCUCCCAUAGCAGCACCAGCGUAGUCAUCUGAACCAUUUCUAUCUGUUGACCUUUCCCUGAAUGUUUCCACAACUGGCAAAAUGAAGACAAAGAGUAGGUACCUUAAUCUGUUCUGUCAGCUGAAGAGAUAGUUUUUAUCGUGAAUUUUGAUAGUGAAAAUGUACUGUAUGGAUGUAGUUGUACUCUGUAUGCACUGUAUGUAAUUACGACAGAAAAAGUCCUUUUUAUGUAUGUCGAAAAACAUUUGAGUUAAGGUUGUAUAUUCCAGAUAAGAUGUAAUUUUAUUUAGGCCUUGUCCACAUGUACACAGGUUUUUUUUUUUUAAACAUAUCCUCUUUUUUAUGUGUUUUGGCUUUUCAUUCACAGACAAACACAGUUUUAGGUCACUAAAAAUUGAGCUUUUGGCAAACUUCUUCCUUUGUGAAGAUAUCCAGAGACACCAUUUGCCGUGUUGAUGUUUAAACAGGGAAAACUGAUUUGGCUUGUGGUGUCGAAGUGAUCCCUGUUAGAGGUUGGUUAUCUGUCCAAAAUAUCAUAUCAAGAUCUUGUCACAAUCGUCCCCACAGAUUCAGUGGAACACAUGGUUAGUUGUGCUAUGGCUGCCUGGAUACCAAACCUGUCACACCACAAAUCUCUGCAUUGUGUUUGCACUUUGACAGCGCUGGUAUUUAUUUAUUUUAAUGAUUCUGAAAAGCAGAUUAUAUGCUUACAAAAAAGAUCCACGAUAUAAGAUCAUUAGAUUGCCCACCCAUAUCCGUCAUUACCUCCUUUGUUUAAAUGAGGUGAUCUUAUGCAGCAGCAGGCGUGUCCAGAAUAAUGCUGGUGCUCACCUCGCCAACAACUCAUGUUUUCUGCUUGAAUGUACAGUUACUCCUCAACUAGGAUACAGAAUCAGUCUACACAUAUUAUUCCCCCCUUCAUGAUGUGCUGUCAUUAUGAGAAAGGCUCUAAACCGCUUUUUUUCACCUUUUUUAAAAUAUUUUUUUCAUACAAACAUACAAAAUCACCCCAGUCAUGCUAGAAUGAUCAAUUCUUUCCAAAUAGUCAAAAAAAUCACAAUAUAAAUUGCAAUAAAUUAACAUAUUGCAACACCUGUUUUUGACAAUAGCAUGCCACCCUAAUAUCUACAGGGUUAUGGUUCUAGCGCCACCCAGUGGUUUGUCAUGCUCUUGACAGUGCUUCACUUGGGUUUUGCAUUUUUAUUUGAAGAUUCUCUUUUGGGAACGGAAGAGAAAAACGCCUGUUUUAUAGAAUACCGUUGUACUGAUGGACGAGGCCUGAAACUGGUGUCUUGUUUUUGACAUAAAUAAUGUUUGAUUGUUGUCCGAGCUGUUUGAGACUAUAAUUUGUAUUUGUGUUGUCAUUUUGGUGAUGGAUAAAUUGUCCUUUUGGUGAAGUAAAUAUAAAACAGUUUCAACAAUGUGAUUGUUGAAUACUGUAAUAUUUUGUGGAUUAUGUAGGUCUGUCAUUGUGAUUAUGUGAUGUGUCUUUUGCACACACACAGUACGCAUUUAUUUUUUGUUUUGUUUUUUUACAGUAAUACCCUAUUUUUGCAUAAU